AUGAAUAGACAUAGUUUUAAGAACUUAGACGAUGCGGUGGAAUAUCUCUAUUCUAACCAAAUAGAUGCUGAUAUUGCGCUAUUGCCUCCCGAGGUGGAUCAAUUGACGGACGUCGACGAUAUCGACGAUGGUCACUUAAGGGCGGUUGAUGUCCAGGACGUCCCAGGGGUUGUGGAGAUACAGGUAGAAGAACAAAAUGAUUGGGAAUCGGAAGAUGAUCUACCGCUGUCAAAUUUCAUAAAAAGGAAAAAGGUUGCAUGCAGCACUAAAUCCUGGACACUAAAAUGGACUAAGGAAGAACCCAUAUAUGAAAAUAUUAAAGAAGAAGGUUGUGCCGAAGCUUUCAACAAAAUAAAAGAAGAAUUACAGGAAUUAACACCACUACAAAUAUUUGAAAAGUUUUUUGAUGACGAUCUUUAUAAUCUUCUUCAAACAGAGACCAUGAGAUACGCCCAACAGAAAAACAAAUAUGACUUUUUUGUAACUUCGGAGGACCUCAAAAUUUUUAUCGGGUUUUUGAUUUUUUCUGGCUAUCAUGACUUACCAAGUGAAAGAGGCUAUUGGUCUGAAAGAGAAGAUUUGGGUGUUCCUCUAGUGAAAAAUGCGUUUUCCAGAAACGCCUACAAAGAAAUAGAAUCUUGUCUUCACUUUGCUGACAAUUUCCUUGCAAAUGAUAACAAAGACGAUAAGUCAUUCAAAAUAGGGCCAUUAUUUGGGGCAAUAAAAACUAAAUUUCAGCAAUGGGGAGUUUUUCAUACAUUUCUAUCGAUUGAUGAGAUGAAUGUAAAAUAUUUUGGACACCAUGGCCUAAAGUAA